AUGGUGCCUCACGCGCCGCUCGAAGCCCUGACAAGUGCGCGCUGCUACCGCGAUGCGGGCGCCUCUCUCCAGCAGCUCGUACCAGACGUGCACUGUGCCGAUGUACAAGAAGAUGCGUUGAAUACUCACAAGCUCGCCAAGCAUAUACCUCUCUUCACGGCUCAUAUUCAGCGCCUGGUUCGCGCGACACACGCCUUGUGCCGACUAUACCCCGACACAUGGACGCGUGCUUGGAGCGCUGAGGAUAUCCUCGCCAGCGAUGCAUUCAAGUCGGUUUGUGAACACCUGGACGCUAUCCAGGGCUCAGAAACGGAACAGCUACGCGUCAGCGUUCGUAUUCACGCCCACGGCACGACACGUGCGAUUGUGUCUCCGUUGCGUACGAGCCGUGCCGUGCCGACGGUGCGUCUCGAUCCUGAGCCUGUGCGGUUAUCAGGGCCGUUGGUAUCCUAUAAAACAGAUGCACGCGCCGCGUACGACGCCGCCCGGCAACGCGUGCACGGCACCUUGGGCGCCGCACCGGACGGGUGCUUCGAUGUGCUCCUGUGGCACGACACACCAGAGGGACGUGUAGUGACGGAAUCGAGUAUCGCUAACCUCGUACUCGAGCGCGGUCAUGGUGACCUCGUGACGCCGGUCCUGUCUGAGGGCCUUUUACCGGGCCUUUUGAUCCAGGAACUCGUCCGCCAAAACGUUGUUCGGCAAGACGUGAUUCGAGUCGACGACAUGCAUCGAGCCUCGCGGCUGUGGCUGUGCAAUGCAGUGCGUGGCAUGUUUCGCGUGGAGCUCGUGUCCUAG